CUGAUGAAACAGUGCUUUAAUCAAAAAACAUUGUUUAAUGACAACUUCAAUUUGAUGAAUGAAAGCUUAGAGCCUCUUAUCAAAUACUAAAACUCUUCACUUUUCUUUAACACAGAGAUAACCACGAAACUACUGAUAACUAAGCAUAACUUAAGCAGCACUUCUUUAUCAAGCAUUUAAGAUAAAACUAAAUGAACUGAAACGAAGUCGCCUACUCCCCUAAACCUUUCCCACCAUCAACAUGGCAGUAGCAUUGAAGAUACCCGUAAACGAUUGGCAGGCUGUUAACCUAUCUUAACAGCGGUGGCGCCCUGAGGUUACCCACGAUAGUUGUUUUUCAAAUUAUUCCAAUUUGUCAUUGAGUUAAAUUAAGUAAUAAUGAGCGGGGUAAGAUUCACUCCGAUAAAUGAAGGUCUUGGCGAGCCAGAACAAGACGCCAAUUCAGCUUUAACUGAGUUAGAUAAAGGUUUAAGAUCAGGCAAGGUUGGGGAGCAGUGUGAAGCAAUUGUAAGAUUUCCAAGACUAUUUGAAAAGUAUCCUUUCCCAAUUUUGAUAAAUUCGUCCUUUCUCAAGCUUGCUGAUAUAUUCCGAGUUGGUAAUAACUUUCUUCGUCUUUGGGUUCUACGAGUUUGCCAGCAAAGUGAAAAACAUCUUGACAAAAUCUUGAAUGUGGAUGAAUUCAUCAGACGUGUGUUCAGUGUUAUUCAUUCCAAUGACCCAGUUGCAAGAGCUUUAACUUUACAAACUUUGGGUAGUGUAGCUGGUGUAAUACCUGAAAGACAGCAGGUUCAUCACAGCAUCAGACGGAGUUUGGAUUCCCAUGAUAGUGUUGAAGUAGAAGCUGCCAUCUAUGCUGCCAUGCAAUUUGCUGCUCAGUCAAAAUCUUUUGCUCUUGGUAUGUGUAAUAAAAUUUCUGAUAUGAUUCGAGGAUUAGCUACCCCUGCUCAUAUGAAAUUGCAACUCAUUCCCAUAUUACAACAUAUGCACCAUGAUACAUCCACUGCAGCUAUGGUCAGAACAGUAUGCACAGACUUGUUACCUAAAUAUCCUGCAAAAGACUUUGUGGUUACAACAUUAAAUACAUUGACCAAAUUGGCUGCUUCUACUCUGGUUGAUAUACCUAGUCAAGUAGAAUUGUUACUGGAAUAUCUGGUGAAAGACAAACGUUGGGCUGUUAAAAAAGCAUCUUUGACUGGUUUACAUCAAUUAGCCAAAGUGGGACCUCACUUAUGGCCGCAGACUUGUGUUACAAAGACAAUCCAUCUUGCAAGGAAUUCACAUCAUGAAGCAGUUAUAAGUCAUGCACUUGAUAUAUUCAUAAUUCUUACAAAAUCUCCAGUUAUCUGUCAAGAAUAUGUUGAUUCAGAUUCAGAACUGAUGAAACUUUGCCAGGAAACUUGUUAUUCUAGCAACUGGUUAAUCUCUGCCAAAUCUGUCAAAAUAUUAACAAACAUGGUUAAUUUUUGUUUUCAAGAGGGGUUGCCUAUUUCUGAUGUGGAAGAACACCUUAGCACUGUGGAGUCCUUGUUACUGUUACUUGUUACAUGCAACAAAGGAGACAUUGAGAAAUAUGUACUCACCUCUUGUCUACAAAGUGCUGUGACAUUAUGCAAGGUUCAUAAACCACUUGCUAACAGAUUUAUUGAACUCAUAGCAUCACAACUUGAAAAUGCUUCAGAAGAAUCAAGUUUGCUAUUAUGCCAAGCGUUAGGAGGAAUUGGAAGUUUAGAACCUGGAGUAUUAGAGCCUUAUUUGUGUGAUAUCACUAAAAAGAUUCAAGAAAUUUGCAUUUCUUCUAUGUGUGAUCACAUUUCAACGAAGGUAAUGUUGUGCACCAUAAUUUUUCAAACAAUACGUCCAUCAUAUUGGGAUGAGGAAUUACAGGCAUCUGUAGAUCUAGUUAUUGAAAAUUCUGACCUAUGGGCUAACUAUAAAGUUGCUCGAGCUGCAGCAAGAUAUGGUCACUUUAAAGUUUGUAAUAAUGUCAUAAAAAAGCUUCAGGGUAAAGUUUCUUCAGAACAUUUACAUUUUUGGCUAAUUGCUCUGCAGCAUAUCAGUAAUGCUGAAGCUUCAUUAAAAAGUGAAGGUUCACAAAUAGACCGAUUAGAAAACGCUAUUACUUAUUAUAAUGCUGGCAUCACAUCAUUGAGGGCUGGCAGCAGUCCUAUCAACAGCCUAUCUUUUCAAGCUGAAUAUUCUAGUUUGAGAUGUGAAUUACUGAACUGCUUUUCCCAAUUAGUUUCAUGUUGCAAUAGUAUUUGCUUUUCACCACCUCCAGCUAUAGCUGUUGCUAUAGUAACUGCUGCUAGAGAUGAACUUCAACGAUGUGGUCAUAUAACAAACCAGCUCCGUAAAUGUGCGAAAGAGUUCCGUGCUUGUGGAGAAUUAUACUGGAAGCUAUAUCAGUCAGCAUUUGAUGCUGAUCAAGGUUCACUUACAAAUCUCCAAGUUUUACAGCACAUGUGCAUGCUUAUGGCCCAUAGCAUUGAUUGUGUUGCUCUAGUCAAUUAUCAAGGCGAUGAGCCAUCUUUAGAUUCAUCGCUUCAAGAUUGUAAUCUGGAGACAACUAUUAUGCUGGAGGCCUGUAAAGAAGCUAGUAAAUUUAUACAGCCUAUGGAAUUACCAAAAACAAUAGUUCAUCAGGUGGUAAUAUCUGUUUUUUCUUUUUUUUUUUUUUUUUACGUUUAUGCACUAUUCAUCAGUAGAUUCUUUAUGAAAAAUAUGCACAUAGCGGUGUAAGAAGACAAUUCUACUUCCAUGAUAUUAUUACUGUUAUUGAUGGAGGAACUUUCCCAACAGUUGUGCCUAUUGUUCCUUUUUGCUGAUACCUGGCUGUUAAAUAGUGUAUUAAUGGGUAUUAACCAGGGAAAAGAUUUCUAAAUUCAAUCAUGGGACCUAAUUAUUUACUCACUCAGCUGUUGAUGAACCUAAACCAGGCACUAUAUGGCUCUCACUUCAAUGAACACAGUUGUCAUCUCCUCCCUUAAAUGUUUAACAAGGAAGUAAGGUGAUUCAAAGUUGUUAGAAGAUUUUUUAUUUAAUCCUUCUAGGAUCAUUCUUAGUAAACAAUGAGUAUUGUUUCGCUAAUCUUAUUUAAUUUAGCAAGCUUGAGUAAUGUGAUACUCAUAUAAGAUAUUAAAAUUUACUUCUCUGAUACUCAAUAUCAAGACUUUUUUUUUUUUAUUUUGCAUAUAGAGUGUAGACAACUUAUUGGAGCAAGUUGAAAUACUUAUCACCAGUACAUUUUGUAUGCCUAGAUAUUUCUUCCAAGUUCUGCAAUCAACAAGUGUUAAGUUGGCUGUUACUCCCCAACCACGAGCCAAUGGUGAAUAUAUAACUGUAACAAGUGGGCAACAGUUGGCUGUCAAAGUAGAAGGAGUGAUUCAGCAUGGUUGCAGGGCAGGGCUCUUCAGAUCUGUUGAGAGGGUUACUAUAACACUCACCACACAUCCAUCCCCACGCCUCAACUCAAAUGAAAAGAUAAACGAAAAUGGCCUCCUCCUAACUCAAACAGUUAUACCUCAUAGAGACUUCUUUUCAGCACAAUUCCUUGUAUCCCUUGGUUCUGGAAGUGUGCAGGCUACAGUCAAUGUUAGUGCAUCAGUUAUUGAUCAAACCGGCACUACUUGGCAAACUGGCCCUAAAUCAACACUUACCAUUAAACAGCUUGAAGAUCCUGCUGUUAGGACUCAUUAACUUUUUCUUUAUUUUGUGAUUAUGUAAAUGUGUAUAUAAAUAUUUAAAUUAAUUUUCAUCUCAAAUGAUGUUUUAUUGUUAUGAUUUUGUAAUUUUUUAAAUAAAACAAGUUGUACACUUAUGAUUAAAUUUGCUUUAUGAGAUAAAUGUA